GAAGAGAACCAAAAAAGUGUCUAGAUAUCUUGUUUUAUUUUAUAUAAAAUUGUUAAAUGAAGGUUGGUAAUGUAUGAAUGCAAAAUGCUUUGCUAGAGAAUGGUGAUGGUUUGACAUGGCAGUACACACACACUUGACACUUCAUUCCUUACUUGUGAUGUUCCUCGUCAUAGUCUUGUUCAUCAGCUACAUUGUGAAGUUUGAUAAUGAACUUUUUUUUAUUGAUAUAUGACAAUUGAGACGUGUCUUGUUUUGUGAAUUCAAAUCAAACUAAAAGAAGCGAACAAGAGACAGAUAAUAUGUGACAUCAAUAACCGUAAAAACGAAGUCUGACGCUAAGAUUUUGGAUUCAAAAACGUAGGGGUCCUAACUCCUAACUAUCUAAGAACCGGUUCAUGAACAGGAUCUGUCUAAAGGAGCUCUGGUAGAGAUGAGUAUAUUCAAGAUGGUUCUUAAUAAAAUAAAAGAUUUUGCGCGUUUGGUUAACUAAGUCAAUAAACAAGGUCGUGCACAUGUGGCCUGAUAUUCCACUUCAUGAACACAAAGCCUGUUUUAUAGUGAGAUAUAUUCCUAUAAACAAGAUUAUGUAUGACAAGAAGAGUCCUAUAAAAUUAGCAAAUACUCCUCCUACAUUACUAUAAACGAAUAUACAUAUCGAAUCAUCAUUGCAGCAAAUGUCACGAUUAUAGGAAUCAGACAAUUGACAUUUCAACUACUUAUCUGUAAACUAUUUUUAUUUUGCUUGUCAUUAAUUAAUAACUUUUUAAAUCAUUUUGGAGUUAUUUCACUUGAUUAUUUGUUAGUGCAUGCAUGCAUGAAUCUUACAAGAGUUUUGUGGGUAGGAAUAGUUAAUAACUAUAUUCAUUUAAGAUGUUAUUUCUUUUUGUGUAAUGUGUCGGUUGAUGUUAUAAAGAGAUAUGGGAUUAGGAAAUUAUAUGACGCAGGUCAUAUGAGAAAAGGAAAAUAUACAAAAGCUAAUGGGAUUAGGAAAGGCAGUCAUAUGAGAAAAGGAAAAUAUACAAAAGCUAAUGGGAUUAGGAAAGGCAGUCAUAUGAGAAAAGGAAAAUAUACAAAAGCUAAUGGGAUUAGGAAAGGCAAUAGCUUUUGGUAUAAAUAGAAGACGUCGAGACCUGAUUUGAGCAUCCGAUUGAAAAGAGAGAGAAGAGCAAUAAGAGAUAUAGAGACUAGAGAGAGACCAAGAGAAUUAGCAAUUAAAAAAGAGUGUUUCAUUGCUUCGUCUUGUGAUCUUUAUAGCAUAAAGUUGGUUUAAAUCCUCUUAACAAUUUGUUUUUUUUUUUCUCUUCCUAUCUCUUUCAUAAACUGCAACAUAAUGUCGAAAACAGAAAAGUUAUGGGUCGUAUCAGAUACUACCAUUACUAGCAAGUUUGGACAUCGUCCUCCUUCUACCUAUUCCAUGAAGAUCCAAAGCCUCUCUCAGCUCAAGACUCUCUUCUCCGGUACUGACGGAUACAAAUCCCGUACCUUCUCUUCCGGCAAAUAUAACUGGAAGUUGGUUGUAUAUCCCGAAGGAAAUGAAAAAGACAACGGGACAGGGUUUGUUUCAAUGUACGUUGAAUUAGAUAGCGAAAGCGCCUCGUCCACUAUUUUGGCAUAUCUCACCUUUUUCAUCUACAACAAGAAAGAAAACAAAUACUUUACUAUUCAAGACAAUGAAGAGAAGCAGUUCAAUGCAUUAAGACUGGUGCAUGGGUUUCCGCAAGUACUUCCGCUUGAUACGUUCAACGAUCCUAAAAACGGAUACGUCUUUGAUGGAGAUGAUCAGUGUGAGUUUGGCGUCGAUGUGAUGGUUCCACUUACCAAUUGGGAAGUUGUCUCCAUUACUCAGGAAUACUCUAAUACAAAAUUCUGUUGGACGCUCAAUGAAUUCUCUGAGUUGAAAGAGCAUUGCUACGUAUCAAGCAAGAUGUUAGUGGGAGGAAGGAAUUGGGUGCUGAAGCUGUAUCCUAAGGGUCUAAACGCUACAUAUUCCGCAUGGUUGUCCCUCUUUCUGCAUUUAGCCGAUGAUGAAACAAUGAAGACAGGUGAGGAGACUUACGUGCAGUGUGAUAUGCGAAUUCUCGACCCGUUUGGAUGCGACCACUUGACUAAAAACUUAAAUCAAAGGUGCAGCAACUCCACCCCAAAUUUGGGCUGGCAUAAUUUUGUGUUGUUGGCUAAUUUUGAGAAGGUUUACUUGGACAAACUAGGUUCUUUGGAACUACAGAUACAAUUUAAAGCUGUUUCGUCCACCAAAUAUUCAUGAAGAUCUAGUUCCAUUAAUUAGUUAUUUACUUAUUUAAGUUUUGUUUUUUUUUUUUUUUUUUUUUUUUGACAGCUUCUUAUUUAAGUUUUGUUUAUUCAGAUUCUAGGGUUUUUAUAUCAAUACUAUUAAAAGAGAAUCAUUCUUAAAAAAUCUAUUUAUGCAAGGUUGUUUGGACCUAUUAGUUAGACUAACACCAUAUAAUUUAGCCUAUUUUUAAGCCAAAGUAAUAUUCCAUACAUCAACUCAUAAUUUCCUUAAUGUACAAAAAGAGAUAUUGUAACUAACAAUUUUUACCUAAAGAUUUUAUUAUCAUUUUCUUAAUACAGAAAAUAACUUAAGGAAAUAGUCAUAACAAACGGAUUAAUAUUAAUGUACAUAUUUUUAAAUAUUAAUGUCCCAUUUUAAAACUAAUUUAUUUAUAUAUGUAGUAGAAAACAAUAUUAAAUUUUGAUGAGAUUUUAUUAAAAUUUGCAAAACAAAAUUUAUUUUUAACUUGAAUUUGCAAAAAAAAAUGGGUUUUAUAUUGAACUAGGUCUGAUUUAACUCAAAUUUGGUUUUUAGCACAACUCAUAACCAGUUAGAAGAGUGAGUCAAGAUCCGACUGGUUCGAUCAUACGGUCCGAUCAGAUUUUCAAAAUAUUGGUUAAUACAGUUCAAUAAUUAAAAUAUAUAUUUUUAAUAAUGAAUAUCUUUACAACUAAAAACAUACAUAUCAUCUUUAAAUCUAUUUCAAACAAAUCUCACACUAUAAAAAAUAAUAAAUAAUAAAAACAUUAAAAGUCAAUAGUUAUAAUGUGAAACAAAAAAAAUUAUACUAAAUUUAAAAUUUAUUAAAGAUUAAAAACUUCAAACCCGCGCUUCUUAAGCGCGGAUCAAAAUCUAGUUUAUUGUUUAAAAAAAUAGUUACUACCUGUCGCUAUUUAGCUUUGUUUUAAAAAUAAUAUAAAAUAUCUUUUACAUUUAUGUUAUUUUAUAUAUAAAAACUACAUAUAUUUUAAAAAGACUUAUUCUUGGUUCACCAACUAAUAGAAUUAUGUUAUUUCAAAUUUGAUAUCUUUUAUAAAAAAAAUAAAAUAUUGUCAAGUUAUAUUAUGUUUUUUAAAUAAAAAGAUAAAAGAAUACAAAUAGUAGUAAUUAUAAAAAAAAA